GAGAGAGAGAGAGAGAGAGUUAUUUUACCCACAUAGUUUUCAAUUCUCGCGCGUGCUCGUGUAAAGUGUAAAAAGCUCUUCCGAGUGAACGAGAGAAAGGCUCCGAGCGUGUGUGUAUUGUGUGUGUAUGCACGUGAGAGAGCGAGAGAGAGAGAAAGAGCCGGAGAAAUGGAUUACGAUUAUUCGCUGAAGUUUCUCGCACUCGGCAAUUCGGCAGUGGGAAAAACGAGCUUUUUGUAUCGGUACGCCGAAGCUGGUAGCGGAGUAGCUUUUAAUCCGUCCUACCAUCCCACUGUUGGUAUUGACUUCAAGGAAAAGCUAGUAGUGUACGAGCCUCGGGACGGCAAACACAUAAAAGUGCUGCUGCAGCUGUGGGAUACAGCUGGCCAAGAAAGGUUCCGAAGUUUAACGACGACGUUUUACCGAGAAUCGAUGGGCUUUUUUCUGCUGUUCGACUUGACAAAUGAACAGUCCUUUCUCGCUGUAAGAAAUUGGUUGGAUCAGCUUAGGUCGCACGCCUACUGCGAGGAUCCAGACGUCAUUCUAUGCGGGAACAAGUCCGAUCUCGAGGCUGCGAGAGUUAUCAGCGAGAACAAUGCGCGCGAGCUCGCCGACAAGUAUGGCAUGGUGUAUCUGGAGACAAGUGCGGCCACCGGUCAAAAUGUCGAGCGAGCUGUGGAUAUUUUACUGGAUCGAGUGAUGCGUCGAAUCGAUGCGGCCGUUGAUCGAGCUCUAUUGCCUUACGAUAGAUCGCCCACUGGCCUCACCAAGGAUGACCCUGUCAAGAAGACUACCAAGUCCUCCUGUUACUGCUGACUUUGAUAAGAAAUAUAAUCACGUUACGGCCUCGGUCAAUUCAAUAUUUUACACCUCCUUGAAGAACAAUGAAACGAAAACAGAAAAAAAAUUCGCUAAAUAUGUUUACGUAUAACCGUGUGUUGGAAAAAAAGUCUGAUUCGAUUGUGGUAUACCUGCACGCAUGACAUGAGCGCUGGAUAGUCUAUCGAAAGCUGCAGACACACAAUUCCACUGUCGCGUCUACGCCAAAUCCCGUCACACACUCACAUAUUACAUUGUAUUCGCGCGCACUGAAAAUUCCACCUAUAUACGGAAGAAAUGCAAUAUUGAUUUUCUAUUGCCUUUCAACCGCGCACACCUUGCAGCUAGCUA